CCUUUGCAGAACCGGCCAGGCACACUAUAAAUUCACCCUACCCUUCAUGUGAACUGCAGAAACCUUGGAGACACCUGGAGCAGCAGUGUUUCUUCCUGUACAGAACAAGCUUCAGAACAAUGGAUGCUUUAAAUAAAGCAAACACAAGCUUUGCUCUUGACUUUUUCAAACAGCAGUGUCAGGAGGAUGGUGACAAGAAUAUUUUGUUCUCCCCUUUAAGUAUUUCAUCUGCCCUGGCUACGGUUUAUUUGGGAGCCAGAGGUAACACUGCAGAUCAAAUGGCAAAGGUACUUCACUUUAACAAAGUUGAAGGAGCCAAAAACGUCACCACAACCAUAAGAAUGCAAGUCUAUUCUAGAACAGAAGACAGUCUAUCAAAUCGACGUGCAUGUUUCCAGAAGAAAGAAAUUGGUAAAUCAGAUAAUAUCCAUACUGGAUUUAAAGCACUAAACUUUGAAAUCAAUCAACCUACUGAAAAUUACCUGCUUAAAAGUGUCAACCAGUUAUAUGGAGAAAAAUCAUUGCCUUUCAGUAAGGAAUACUUACACUUGGCCAAGAAAUAUUACAAUGCAGAGCCACAAUCAGUUGACUUUGUGGGAGCAGCAGAUGAAAUCAGAAUAGAGAUCAAUUCCAAUGUUGAACAACAGACUGAAGGUAAAAUCCAAAAUCUUCUGCCUCCUGGAUCCAUAGAUUCACUCACCAGGCUAGUCCUGAUAAAUGCACUCUACUUCAAAGGAAAUUGGGCAACAAAGUUUGAAGCUGAAGCUACCAGGCAAAGGCCUUUCAGAAUAAACACGCAUACAACUAAACCAGUGCCGAUGAUGCACCUGAGUGACAAAUUUAACUUAAGCUACGUAGAAUCAGUCCAGGCUGAUGUUCUUGAGCUUCCGUACGUCAAUAAUGACCUCAGCAUGUUUAUCCUGCUACCAAGUGACCUCACCGGCUUACAAAAGCUGGAAAGAGAAUUGACUUUUGAAAACUUGUCUUCAUGGACCAACCCAGAACUAAUGGAGAAAAUGAAAAUGGAGGUUUAUCUGCCAAGGUUUACGUUGGAAGAGAAAUAUGACCUCAAGUCUACUUUGAGCAGGAUGGGGAUACAAGAUGCCUUCACGGAAGGCCAAGCUGAUUUCACAGGAAUGUCAAAGGACGGUGAUUUGUUUUUGUCACAAGUUUUUCACAAGUGUUACCUGGAAGUCAAUGAAGAAGGCACAGAGGCAGCAGCUGCCAGUUCAGCAGCACUGGCAUCACGAAGUCUUGGUGCUACUGUUAUUUUUGUGGCAGAUCACCCUUUCCUCUUCUUUAUCAGGCACAACAAGACCAAGACUAUCCUCUUCUUGGGAAGAUUCUCUUCCCCCUAGAAACUCAACAAUUACUAAACAGGUUAUUGCAACAACAAUACACACCAGGAAGAGUAUCUCAAUAGUCUGUGCACUUCUUAACUUUCCUUUACUGUUGACAAAUCUCUCAAUGUUAGAAGAGAGCAUAUAUUAAAAAUAACCAUGAAUUCAUGCCUCUGGCUCAUUUUCCUGUCCAAAGAACCUGAAAAUGCUAGCUUUACCCUGUAAGUACCAGACUGUGCAUGGAACAAUAUUGCUGUGUCUUUUCAGUACUUUCUGAACCAGAACUGCCACCAUUCAGAACAGGUUGAGUUGAUCUAAACAAGUAAUUUUCAAUAUAUGUGUUUUGGUACCUAAGAAGAAAAGAAAAUCUUCCUCCAGAAUGCUGCUCCAUCUCCAUUAGUUUCAGCUCACUAUGCUGAUCCCUGCAGGAGGGCUACCUCACCCACAUUCUUGUCAGUUUUUUUACCAAGUUUGUGGCCUGGCAGAGCUGAUAAUGAAAUAA